AUGGAAAAUGGAACAUAUUUUUAUCUGAUGUUGUUUGAAAAUAUUGGGUAUACCAGAUAUGCUUGGUUCAGUUUGGGAUUUGUUCUAUACUGUGCUAUCAUAUUCUUUAAUUCUCUUAUUAUUCUUGCAAUAUGUCUGGAAAGGAAACUGCAUCAACCCAUGUAUUUUCUCAUUGCAAGUCUGUCUUUAAACUCUGUGUAUGGUACAGCUGCCUUUUUCCCAAGAUUACUGAGUGACCUGCUGUCUUACACGCAUUCAAUACCCCGUGAGAUAUGUCUCCUGCAGGCUUUUGUGAUUUAUUCAUACGCAUCAAAUGAAAACACAAUAUUAAUGUUAAUGGCAUUUGAUCGCUAUCUAGCAAUCAGUAAACCUUUACAAUACAAUAACAUAAUGACGCCCAAGAUUGUAUCUGUUUUAAUAGCUAUAAGCUGGAUGUAUCCAAUGUUUUGUAUUGGAGUUGCUGCCAUUUUAAAUGCCAGACUGGCAGUGUGUGGUAAGAAAUUGUGGAAGGUGUACUGUCACAACUGGGAAAUUGUCAAGCUUUCUUGUACGAACACUACCGUUAAUAAUGUUUGGGGCUUUUUCAUAGUCACCACAACUGUUAUCAUCCCUUUAACUUUUAUACUAUAUACAUAUGUAAAAAUUCUCAUCAUUUGUAAAAGAAGCUCACAGGAGUUCAGAAGAAAAGCUUUUCAAACUUGUGUUCCCCACAUGGUCAUCCUUUUAAAUUUCUCUGUUGCUCUUUUUUGUGAGGUGACUCUGAGUAGGUUUGACAAUGUGCAACUUCCUAUAGGUCUGUCAAUUGCUCUUUCACUAGAGUUUCUUACUGUGCCACCUAUUCUUAACCCUCUUGUUUAUGGUUUUAACUUUCCUGAUAUUCGCAAAAGGAUCCUGUACAUUUUAAAAACAUCUAAGUAA